AUGUUUCCCGCUACUGUCACUGCUGAAACCGACUGGUCAGAGCUGGUGAUGAUCAGACGCCAUGGAGCAGGGGGAGACGCCGCUAACGAUGCUGCAGAGCCAGCUCUGACGCUAAUCGCCGGCUCCCCCUCUGCACGUUGGCCGCCCUGGACAUCCUGCUCAGGAACUACAGCCCUCCAGGUGAUUGGUGGAAGCACAACAGUGGUGAAAGGAGGGACCGCCAUCUUACCCUGCAGACUCAUUGAGACCUCGGAGACCCUGACUCAGAUUACAUGGCAGAGGAGAACCAGAGAAAAACCUGAAAAUGACAACUUUUACACAAUCCACUUGGAUGGACCCCAAUAUGUUAAUGGACCUGAUCAUCGGUUUCAGUUUAUUGGGAAUUUUUCUGACAAAAAUGGAUCUCUACAGCUGUCCAAAGUUGAAUUGAAGGAUGAAGGCAUACACAAGACAGAGAUACCUCUGAACCUGCUUGUGCCUCCAGUCACAAGCCUGAAGGGUGAUAAUUUAACUUUGGGUACUGGAGAAGUUUCGCUUGCUACCUGCACGGCUGCCGGCUCCAAGCCUCCUUCAGAGGUGACCUGGCUCACUGGUACCCUGGCAGUGAGGGUGACGACCAACUCCACCCAGCAUGACAACGGUACAACGACCACAACCAGCUCACUGUUUGGAGUCCUUGGUUGUUGAUACUGUUUGGAAAUCAACAACCAGCUGGUUAAGUGCGUCAUCAGAACAACAGGCCUGCCUGAAGAACAAGUCCUGUCUUUGACCAUCCAAGUUCACUUCCCACCCAUGGACGUGACGAUUGUUCAACGUUCUGAAGACUCCUAUGAAUGUGUGGCCAAUGCCAACCCAGAGGCACAUUUCACCUGGAGCAGGUACAGUAGUUUAAAUAGCAGCCAUCAGUUAAGGCUCUCUUAAACAAGCAGCG